CAGCAAAUUUUGGGUGUUAAAAAAUUCGAACACCAGCUGCUCUUUAAUGCUUUACUACUCGAUUCAGCUGAUGAGCAAGCGGCAGCUAUUAGAAGAGAAUUGGACGGCAGAAUGCAGAAAGUAUCAGAAAUGGAAAAGAACCGGAAGUUAAUGCCAAAGUUCGUGUUAAAGGAAAUGGAGUCUCUGUAUAUAGAGGAACUCAAGUCAUCUAUAAACUUGCUGAUGGCGAAUUUGGAGUCACUACCAGUAUCGAAAGGAUCGAUGGAUUCCAAAUAUGGCUUACAAAAACUUAAACGCUAUAAUCACAGGUUAUCGCAAGGAUCUUUAGCAAAGCUCGAAGGGGAUUCCGCCGAUAGUGAUACACAGCUAACAAAACUAGAUGUAGUGCUGACCUUUCAAUUAGAGGUAAUAGUAAUGGAAGUGAGAGGGUUAAAGUCUUUAGCAACAAAUCGUAUAGUAUACUGCACCAUGGAAGUGGAAAACGGCGAAAAAUUGCAAACCGACCAAGCAGAAGCUUCUAAGCCCAUGUGGGAUACCCAAGGAGACUUUUGUACCACUCACCCUCUACCCAUAGUUAAAGUAAAAUUAUACACUGAAAACCCUGGUAUGUUAGCACUAGAAGACAAAGAGCUGGGAAAAGUUAUAUUGAAGCCAACUCCACUUUCAUCAAAGGCACCAGAAUGGCAUAAGAUGUCCGUACCAAAAAACUUACCCGAUCAGGAUUUGAGGAUAAAAAUUGCAUGUAGAAUGGAUAAGCCUCUUAAUAUGAAGCAUUGUGGUUAUCUGUAUGCGAUUGGAAAAAAUGUCUGGAAAAAAUGGAAAAAGCGAUAUUACGUAUUAGUACAAGUUUCACAAUAUACCUUUGCCAUGUGUAGUUAUAAGGAAAAGAAAUCAGAACCUUCUGAGAUGAUGCAACUUGAUGGAUAUACUGUUGAUUACAUCGAAGCAUCUAGUGACUUGGAAGGAGGUAGAUAUUUCUUUAAUGCCGUAAAGGAAGGCGACAGCAUUAUAUAUGCUAGUGACGAUGAAAACGAAUGUCAUCUUUGGGUCAUGGCGAUGUACCGAGCAACUGGACAAUCUCACAAGCCAACGCCUCCGCUUACUCUACAAGAUAAAAAUUCUACCAUUUCUAAGAUUCAGGGAGAUGCUGACAGAGCAAGAAAGCAUGGAAUGGAGGAUUUUAUCUCUGCCGAUCCCUGUCAGUUUGACCACGCUUCGCUAUUUAAACUUUUCCAAAAUCUUACGUUGGAAUAUCGAUUAAAUGAUCCAUACUGUUCAUUGGGUUGGUUUAGUCCUGGUCAAGUGUUUGUGCUAGACGAAUACUGUGCCAGAUAUGGGGUUCGAGGGUGCUAUAGACAUUUAUGUUAUUUGUCAGACCUUUUAGAUAGAGCAGAGAAGAAUUUAAUGAUCGAUCCGACUUUGAUCCAUUAUAGUUUUGCAUUUUGCGCCAGUCAUGUCCAUGGAAACAGACCGGAUGGAGUUGGGAGUGUCACACAUGAAGAGAAGGAGAAGUUUCAAGAAGUUAAGGAUCGUUUACGUGUUCUACUAGAAAAUCAAAUUACGAAUUUUAGGUUUUGUUUUCCUUUCGGGCGCCCUGAAGGCGCAUUAAAGGCCACUCUUUCGUUAUUAGAAAGGGUUCUCAUGAAAGAUAUUGUCACACCAGUGCCUCCAGAAGAAGUUCGCAGUAUGAUUAAAAAAUGUCUAGAAACUGCGGCCUUAGUUAAUUAUACUAGGUUAUCAUCCGAAGCUAAAAUUGAAGAAGAUUUACGAGGGGAUACUUUAGUAUCCCCAAAUAAGAAACUCGACGAUUUAAUUCACUUGGCAGAACUUUGUGUGGAUUUACUGCAACAAAACGAGGAGCAUUAUGCAGAGCAACUGCGCAAGGCAGACCGGCAACCGUCAAGUCAAGCAGCCUCAGCGGGCGCAAAUACAAAUGCUCAGCCAGUAGCGCCCGCUCCAGGCACCCCUGGUGGCCGUGAAGCCAAGCACCCUUCUGUGUCUCGCUAUUGCAUGCCUCAGCAUGCAACUUACACCCCACCAGAUCCUACGGCCUUUGCGUGGUUUAGCGACUUAUUGGUUGAACACGCUGAAAUAUUUUGGUCCUUGUUUGCCGUGGAUAUGGACAGAGUUCUUGCCGAGCAACCUGCGGAUACCUGGGAUUCAUUUCCACUUUUUCAGGUUUUGAACGAUUAUCUCAGAGCUGACGAUAAUUUGAAAAACGGAAGAUUUCACCAACACUUACGAGACACCUUUGCACCACUAGUAGUUAGAUAUGUGGACCUUAUGGAGUCUUCGAUUGCGCAGUCUAUCCAUAAGGGAUUUGAAAAAGAAAGAUGGGAGAUAAAAGGUAUGGGAUGUGCAACAUCUGAGGAUUUAUUUUGGAAACUAGACGCUCUUCAGUCUUUUAUAAGAGAUUUACAUUGGCCGGAUGCAGAGUUUCGCCAACACCUAGAACAACGCCUAAAACUCAUGGCCUGUGAUAUGAUGGAAUCAUGCAUACAAAGAACUGAAUCAGCGUUUCAACAAUGGUUAAAAAAGUCAGUUACCUUCAUUUCUACAGAUUACAUUAUACCCUCUGAAAUGUGUGCGAUGGUCAACGUAAUAUUAGAUGCAAAGAAUCAAUCGUUGAAGCUUUGUGCCGUUGAUGGAAUUGAUUUGCACCAGUAUCAUACUAAAAUUGAUGACAUGAUUGAAAAAACCAAUGCUAAUAUAGUGCAAGGUCUAACAGGUAAAUUGAUGUCGGUGUUAGAAGCUACACUAUCAAAAUUAUCCCGAUAUGAUGAGGGUAGUCUUAUUGGAUCCAUCUUAAGCUUUACUAAUGUAUCUGGGUCUGGGAAGGAUAUGGGACAAGGAUAUGUUAACUUUACACGAAAUUGUAUGGACCAGAUUCGUCAGAAAAUUACUGACGAACUGUGGAUUCUAACUUUUUUUGAACAGUGGUAUACAAGUCAAAUAAAUAUGCUCUGUAACUGGCUUUCUGAGAGAUUGGAUCAUACUUUGCAUCCCUACCAAUGUACGUGCCUUGCUCAUAUUAUAAAGAAAAUUUAUACUGAUUUUGAACUUCAAGGCGUUAUGGAAGAUAAGUUAAAUUCUAAAGCGUAUCAGACAAUAGCUCAAAGAAUGACAACGGAAGAAGCCACGUGUGCGCUAACUAUGGGACAAGCUGAAAGUGGUAUUGAAGGUCUGGACGAAGAUGCUGACACCAGGAGCAAAACGAAAGUGACAAUAAUGGAAAGUUUAAGUGGUGAAGAGGGAAACUUUGUUUCCAACGUAGGAGCAGUAAUAGGAGGAAAAGUAGGAACAAUUUUUGGAAAAGGCUUAGGAGGAAUCGGUUCCAAACUGGGAGGAGGUACAGGCAGUUGGUUUUAAAAGUCAAGUUAGCAUAUGGCAUAGCUUUUAUUUUGUUAUAUUUUGUACGAAGCAUAUUUGACCAGAUUGCGGUCAGUUUCUGUAAAAAUUAUACUUAACUGAAAUUGUGUAUAUACUAUUUUUUAAUUCAUAAUUAUAAAUAAAAUAAGUGUUAGUUCACAUGU